CGGAAAUCAACAAGUCUUGCCUGGCGUGGGGGUUCAGAAGUCGUUUUGCGCGUUAAUUUGUUAAGGGAACGAAACAAAAAACAAGGAUUAUUUGUUGAAUUGUUAAUUAAAACCGCAGCAUUUAGAGAAACCCAGCAUCACUGGCCCAAUGGCCUCCUCAGCAUCAGCACUGCGGCCCAUCAACACAAGCCAGAAGGAUCGUGUGGGGAUUUUGAAGCGUCAGGACCUAAAUAAAGUUCCUGAGAAUUCAAGGGUCAAGCUGUUCACUGCUCAGUCGUCCGAAAGAGGAGCUGAAAACAAAGACCCGAAUGAAUCUGCCAAACCCGCAAAGGGGGUAAAUAAACAGACCGCGGUCAGUAGGCUUCCUGUACUCGCCAAAUCGCUGCAGACGGCUGUGACGGACUUCCCUUCAAAUCCAGCUAAUAAGAGAUGGGAAGAAAGGCCUCUCCUGGGUAAAGCUCAGAAGAAGAAGACCUGCACCAAGCCUGUCCCUUUCAAUUUUUCGCAGCCUCGGACUCGCAACCAGAAGCGCACCGAAGCUUGCUCUGAACCAGAAACCAAGCCUGGAAAUCUCACAACCCAUCUAAACCAACAUACACUGGUGAAACCCGUGAGCGUCUUUCAACACAGAACUCAAACCGGAGCUGCUAGACAAAAUACUGGCUCUAAUAAAGUCUCUUUAAGCACAGAGAUUCUCAGAGCUACAACGCUUGAACUAAAUAACCCAGAGAAAGGUAAUGACCUGGCGUUGGCCAUUCAGAAGGACUUAAGCACAAAAUUAGGAAAUAUCACACUUGUGCAAACAGAACUUGGCACAGCUGGAGGAUUUUCUUCUAAAGCUGAAGAUUGUUUCCCAAGCGGUAAAGGCUUUAUACAGACACCUUUAUCUGCUGACUGUAAAACGGGAGGGUCUGAACAAGAUGAUAAUGCAGUAGCUAGUAGUCGGACUCCACCUGUUUCCACAUGUCCAGCAGGACAAGGCUCUAGCGUUUUCCUGCCUCAGAGAGUCUCUGUGAAGAAGAAGAAGGGGUAUUGGGGUGCUGAGGCCACAUCAGAAAAUUCCAUGCCGUUUUCCCCUGACCCGUCAGCUCUCCGCAGCAUUCUGCUAAAUGAGGGGAUUAAAGUCGGCGGAACACCAAAGUUGUCUACCUGCCCUUCAGGCAGAGCCACCUCAAUUUGCUCUGCUAAGAGAGUACCAAUUAAAAAGCCUCAGACGCACACUGCAGCAUCAGGUGGAGAACCUACGGGAGAUGCUGUGACGUUCUCUCCUGAGGGAGUGAAACAGCCAAUGACACCCAGAGCCUGCCCCUCGGGGGCAACAACCUCCGUUUGCUCUGCUCAGAGAGUACCUUUUAAAAAGAAUCAGACAAACGCAGCAGCAUCAGAUGGAGAAACUGCAGGAGGUGCUGUGACGUUCUCUCCUGACCCAUCAGCCCUCCACCGUAUUCAGCUCAAUGACGGAUUGAAACAGACAAUGACACCCCGAGCCUGCCCAUCAGGGAGAGCAACAUCGAUUUUCUCUGCUCAAAGAGUACCUGUAAAGAAGGCUCCAUCAGAAGCCUCAACAGCCGCAGGUACAGUGUCGUUCUCCCCUGACCCAUCAGCACUUCGUAGUAUUCUGGAUAAUGAGGGAAUUACAGCAGGCAGUAUGCUCAGAGUGUCUGUCUGCCCCUCGGGAAGAGCCACCUCCAUUUGCACAGCUCAAAGAGUACCAGUGAAAAGAACUAGAGCAGAAGAGACAGCACACACCGCUGCUUCUGUAAUACAAACUCCAAUUAGGAAAUGGACGCCACAGCGGGUUCCUGUCUCCCAAUCUCAGUCUGUGAAGAGGCUAAAUCCUGCACAAAAGACACCCUGCAUCUCUUCUGGAUUUGGUGAAACUCAAGCUCCGAGCAUCAUCCCUUCUUCCCAGCAGCAAGAGGAUGUGGUCCAGAGGUUAUUCCAGGAAGAACCCGAGCAUGUAGGGAGCGAGCAGAUGAAGGACGCUGGAGGCGAGGUUACUCAGGGUCAUCUGCUGGAACAUCACCAGGGUGCUGAACAAAAUUUAAAGUGUAAAGGUGGCGCUGAUGUAGAAACGCACAGCUGCGUUUCUCUUUCAGAAAAAGAGAAGAUCCCAGCAGUGCCUCCGUUUAUCCAGGCACCACACAGGCAGUCGGUCAUCGUGUUUUCAUCUGGUCAGAAGCUGUUGGCUCAGAAUAGAGCUCAGACUGCCUCUCAGCAUGCGGCACAGCCACAGCCAUGCCCAAACCAAACCAGCAGAUCACACAGCGAGCUCGACUCCCAAACUGAAAGGCCCGUAACUCCUGGCAAGCUAUGCAAGACAAAAGCUUCCAGUCUCAACUUAGCCAUGUGUGCUCUGAAACGGCGUCUCCCCACCCUGGAGGAGUUGUUUCUGGAUGAAGAAUGUGCAAUGUACACUUCCCGCCAGCAGUCAUGGCCGACUCAGCCCCGCUGCUACAACCCCGUGGCCUCCACACUCGUCCUUCAGGAUUCCACUUGUUUUGUGCCCAUUAUGGUGACAUUACAGAGCCUCAGUCCUAUUCCAUAGCUCUCCUCCCAAACCGACGUGUGAAGACUGAAUGCACUCAUCUGAAUAUUUGUGAUGAUUUCCUUCAUCAGUAAAGGUUUCAGACUCUACAUCUUACAGCUGUGACCUUGGUGAUAAUUCCUCCAAUCUGAACAGUAUGACUGUACUGCAGUAUAACUAUUGACAACAAACAUCAGAUCAUCUAAAAUAUAGUGAGGGAAAUUAAUAUGUCGUCAGGGUCACUACAUAUUGAAUAUAUGAAGCAAAAAAACGUGACCCCCAGUGUGAUUUAAAAUAGUUUGCUGUAACAGCCUUACCCUUAGUGCUUUCCAAACUGUUUUUUUUUUUUUUUUUUUUUGUAGAUUAUUUUUUUUAACUACUAGAGUAUGCUACUAGAGUAUUUGCACACACUGAUGAUUUACUCACUGGUCUUCUAUGCUGUAACUGCAUUAUUUACAUGAAGCUCACAAGAUGACUUUUUAUUAUAAUGUUUAACACUAAAUUUGACACGCCUUCACAGCUCGUUUGCUCAUUCAGCGACUCUGGUCAUUGAUUAUUGUUUAGAAUUGCAAAAAGAAAGCAUCACAUUGUUUCUUGUGGAAGCAAAUCUGCCUGUUUGACAGCUAAUUUCUUGCUCUGGAAAUUAUCUUUGAAGUUAUAUUGUCUAUAUUUAAUAAUAAACACACAGUAUUUCAAGACGUA